AUGAAGUUGGUGGUAGCUCUAUCGCUGCUUCAGGUCUUACCCAUGGGAUUAGGUAAGAAGCAUGGUAGUUCUUUUGAUAGACGUUCGAGGAAUGCUAGACAUGGUGACCUCGCUGAGCGUCAAAUUGUCGAGACCAUCUAUGUGACCGAGACGAUCUGGGUAGACGCUACACCCACCGAGACCUCCACCUCCUCAAUCGAUGGUCAAUCUACAACUCCACUGGAAAUUGCCGCUUUGGCCUCUCCAUCCGAUUCGACGAUCCCCGAUGAAGACAGUAUCACCUCAACCACUUCCUCAGCCGUUGUAUCUGUCCAAACCGAAACCGGAAUAUAUGGGUUAUCUCAAGCUACGAAUCCUAUAGAUACAUUCGUUUCGUCCUCCUCCUCGACUGAAUCCGGUAUGACAUCUGAUUCAGCUUCCGUCUCCACUGUUUCAACCGACGCUCCUUCUACCUCUUCUGGUGCCGUCGAAGCUCAGGGAAUAACAAUUUCGGCAGGACUGAAUGGUGGUGGGAACCCCGUUAAAGGCAACUCCGAUAAAAAAGUUUUCGCCCAUUUCAUGAUUGGUAUAGUGUACGCCUAUACCUUGGAAUCAUGGUUAGAAGACAUCGAAUUGGCCAAAUCAAAAGGUAUAGAUGGAUUCGCCCUCAACAUCGGUCUAGACUCCUAUACGCAACCUCAGCUCGACCUCGCAUAUAAAGCAGCGGAGAUAUCUGGCGACUUCGUCUGUUUCAUCUCGUUCGAUUUCAAUUGGUAUACUGUCGAUAAUACUACGGGAGUAUCUGAGAUGAUGAAGAGGUAUAAUGAUCUACCCGCCCAAUUCAAAGUGGAUGGUAAACCUUUCGUAUCGAGUUUUAUAGGGGAUGGGUUCGAUUGGGCUGCAGUAGGAUCUGGAUGUGGUCAGGAGAUUUACGCUGUACCCUUCUGGGCGCCUACACAGGAGAAUGCCGAUAAUAAGGGAUUAAGCGGUUUGUUUUCUUGGACCGCAUGGGCAUCCAAAGAUAAUAGUCCAAUCGAUCAACCCCUCACGACAGUCCAAGACGAAGCUUAUAUAGAUGUUGUUGGAAAGGCCAACAAAGUUUACAUGGCACCGGUAUCUUCAUGGUUUUUUACUCAUUUCGGAAAAGAAGUAUCCUACUCUAAGAACUGGUUGUUCAAAUCUGAAAACUUAUGGAAAUAUCGAUGGGAUCAGAUCUUAGAGUUAGGAGACAAGUUGAAUUACUUAGAGAUGGUCACAUGGAACGAUUAUGGAGAAUCUCACAAUUUGAGAAAUUGGGGUGGUCUUCAUUCUGAUGAUGGUUGUUCCAAAUGGGCUCAAGGUUUAGAUCAUCUGCCGAUGUUGGAUCUUUCACUACCUUAUAUAAAAGCUUGGAAAUCUGGAUCGAAGACUCCCAUUGUAGAGAAGGAUCAGGUGUUUUAUUGGUAUAGGCCUCAUUUGAAAUCUGCUGAAUGUGAUUCGACUGAUAAUUAUGGAAGCAAACCUGAUGGAUGGGAUAUCGUCGCCGAUACUGUUUUCGUAACUACCAUGACCAAACUCGGAGGGACUAUAAAAGUAACUUCGGGAUCCAACCAACCAGUGUUGAAAUUGGUUAAACCGGGUGUACAAUCCGUCGAAAUUCCUAUGGCAGCAGGUAAACAGACAUUUGAAUUUUUCACUUUGACUGGUGGAUAUAAGAGAGGAGAGGCGACGGUAGAAGUCAGUGAUCAAUGUUGGAAACCCAUGACAAGUAAUUAUACUGCGAUAUAUAAUUACAAUUAUCAUUCAGGUGUCUUGAAUUGUUAA